AUGGUUCAUCAGACUAAUUUAUACGCGACUCAAGUAUUAUGUGAUAAAGAAAACGUUAGCAACUAUUCUAGGCUGCACAAAUGGUUUCCAACUGAUCAAAAUGAAAUGCUAAAUUUUAUUGGAAUUGUAGCAUAUAUGGGUAUGGUUCGGAUGCCAUCCUUGGAGAAAUAUUGGAGCACAGAUUGUCUCUACAAAAUGGCCUGUAUUUCGAAGAUAAUGUCGAGAAACAGAUUUCAAUUACUUCUCAGGAUGUGGCAUUUCUCUGAUAAUGAAACUUGUACAGUGGGGGAUAGAUUACAUAAAAUAAAACCUCUACUAGACAGAUUGGUGAAAAAUUUUCAAAGUGUGUACACUCCUGGUAGAAUAUUCUGUAUCGAUGAAUCAGUUGUUCCCUUCCAAGGUCGUCUCCUAAUGAAGCAGUAUAUACCAAAUAAAACGCAUAAAUAUGGCGUGAAAUUGUUCAAACUAUGCUGUGAGAAUGGAUACACAUGGAAUAUUCGAAUUUAUGCUGGCAAGGAAAAAGAAGGUAAUGCAUCUGUACCAACCAAUGUCGUGCUGAAUUUGUCCGAAAAUCUACUUGACACAGGCAGAACUAUAGUGGCUGAUAACUACUAUACUAGCCUUGAGCUGGCUAAUGUACUGCUAGUCCGCAAAACUCACUAUAUUGGUACAUUGAGGGCUAAUCAUCGCGGCAACCCGAAAGAAGUGAUUCAAAAAAAACUGAAAAAGGUGAGGUUUUGGUUUGGAAAAUGA